CCCGGGGCGGCCCCCUGGAUCCGCCGCUGCGUUUAGCCGUCCAGAUUAACUUACCUUCACCGACAACAGGACGACGACGUACUGCCCAGUCCAAUCAGCGCCAUUGAAAGCGGAUAGCGGAAACUUGCAGUCUCGGGCUAAGGCAAGUAGCAGAAGAAAAGAAUCCGCAGAAGAAGAAAGAAAGUGCAAAGAGAGGGGGGAAAAUGGAAGAUCUCUGGAAGAGAGCGAAGCUGUUCGCGGAGGAAGCCGCGAAGAAGUCUCAGACCAUAACCUCUUCCUCCAACAAGAUCGCCGAUCUAGUCGCCGAGACCGCCAAAAAGUCGAAAGAGCUCGCCAUCGAGGCCUCCAAGAAGGCCGACGAGUUCAAAGUCGCCGCGCUCAAGCAAGCCGACCAGAUCCAGAUCAAGUCCUUCUCCGACAUCAUCCCUUCCCAACUCUCUUCCCUCUCGAUUGUCAACGGCGGCUCCGAAGUCGCGUCUUCUUCAUCCCCUUCUUCUUCCUCCUCCGCCGCUGCCGUCGUCUCCGAAGAGGAGCUCCGGAAGUUUGGAAUCACGGACGAUUUGAGAGAUUUCGUCAAGGGACUGACGUUCAGCACAUUCCAGAACUUUCCCGUUCAAGAUGAUCCUGCUCCGGCUGAUGUGCCGGCCAAUGAAUCGAACGUGCGGAAGGAUCUUAAUGAGUGGCAGGAGAGGCACGCCACUGUGGUUCUCUCUACAGUUAAGCAAAUCUCGAAAUUGAGAUACGAUUUAUGCCCACGUGUAAUGAAAGAAAGGAGGUUCUGGAGGAUUUAUUUCACACUAGUCAGCACUCAUGUUGGACCGUACGAACAAGAGUAUAAGGAAGAGUUAAAGCGCAAAGCUGAGGAGCAGAUAAAAGAUGAGAAAAUCAAGCAAGCUGCAGCUGCAAAUCCAUCUGUACCAGAAGGUGCAGAAAGGAGCCUGGAAAGUAAGAAGUCGAAUGUGUCAACAGAACAGGACUUGGAUACAUUUUUAUUGGGCGAUCUCGAAGAUAGUGAUGGAGGAGCAGAUAUGGGUGACGAUGCUGAUGGCAACUUUGAAGAUGAUUUCGACAAGAUUGAUAAUUCAGACAUUGAAGAUGAUCUCAAGGAGCUCAAGAAGGCAGCAGAUGCUACAACUUCAAGCUAGGAUCAAAAGUGCAGAACUGCAGCUUCUGUAAAGAACUGAAAAGAAGAGCGGCAAGUUCAUGUAACACGCAAAACUAGUAGAAACUUGGGAAAAUGUUGCAGACGGUUGAUUACCUUAAAAAAUUUGCAGAGUAGAAUUCGUUGGUCGUUUCAAGCUCUUUUUGCUAUCGUUUUACCCUGUACAGAACCGUUGAAUUCAGUUUAUCUCUUUAAUGAGAAACCAGUGGUAUUUUCCCGUUGAAUGGCAGCAAAUUGUAUAGCCAAAAAACCCGUAGUUUGCCUUUCCUUUCUUUACCAGAAAAAGGGUCUCAACUACCAACUCUGAACUCUUCUGUCUUCACUUUCGGACUUUGGUCGCCAUACAAUGGCUAUGGCCCGUCCCUUCCUCUUAACUUCUAGGGUCUCAACCCUCCGUCGUGUACAGAUAGUCCACUCUUUCCUAUUCUCCUCCGUCUGCCGGCGAGGCCAGCCGUCACCACCAUCAACCUCCUUUUCGCUACCGUCGGAAUCUCCUCCGGCGGCGACAAAAGUCCCCUUCGCCGCCUCUGCCCACGGGCGAACCUGGCAGGACCCAUAUCAUUGGAUGCGGAAAACCGCCGACCCGGAUUUCAUCGACCACCUUCGUAGGGAGAACACCUACGCCGCCGAUUUCAUGGUCGACACGGAGCAGCUGCAGCGGACUCUGGUUCGCGAGAUGCGAAGUCGACUCCCCGCCAAGGUUUCUACUCCUCCCGAGCGCUGGGGACCCUGGUUAUAUUACCAGUACAUUCCAGAAGGAAAAGAGUACCCAGUUCUGUGUAGAAGGUCGGAGGCAAGUGAUUCUGGGUUUGUGAGCAAACUGCUCUGUUUUGCGAGUGGACACUCUGAGAGGAAGGAGCAGAUUUUGCUCGACUGGAAUGAAAUUGCCGAGCAAUAUGGCUAUGUUCAUGUGGGGGCAUGCCGAGUUUCGCCAGACCACAAUUUCAUUGCAUAUACCGUUGACGUUAAUGGCAGUGAGCAGUUCUUGCUUCGGAUUAAGGACCUGGGCGAUGGAUCAAUUGUUCAGAGGUCGGAAGUGGAGGGGGUCGUCAGCUUGGCUUGGGCUCGAGAUGGAAGGACUUUGUUUUAUACUGUAUCAGAUGAGAAUCAGAGGCCCUACAGGGUUCUAUGCACAGAAGUAGGUUCAGAUGGGACCAAUGACAUGCCAGUUUAUACAGAGAAUGACUCGAGCUUUUGUGUGGACAUAACAAGCACAAAAGAUGGCAAGUUCAUAACUGUGAACUCAAACUCAAGAUCUUCAUCCGAGGUAUAUGUGAUUGAUGCAGCUUAUCCUCUCGACGGUUUGGACAGAAUUUGUAAACGUAUGCCUGGGGUUCAGGUUUUUGUUGAGCAUCACUAUGAUUCCUUCUAUAUUCUUACUAAUGCUCCUUUAAGUGAGAACAAGGAAUCCUCAUCAGUCAGGAGUUACUACCUGAUCACAUGCAAAGUGGAACAUAUACAUUUACCAGAUUUGCAGCGCAUCAUCUUGCCGAGUGAAGAUGUGAGUUUCCAUGAUAUGGACAUUUUCAAUCAACAUCUAGUGCUGUCUGUAAGUAAAAACAGUCUGCCUACGAUGUGUUCCAUUAAGUUGCCCAUACAAGACCAAUCUUCUAGCUUACAGCGAUUGGAUGUUGAAGAUCUCAAUCCCUGGUAUUUUCCUGUACCUACAGACUUAUGUAGCAUUGCUCCAGGAUCCAACCAUGAUUUUAUGAGCUCAGUUUACCGUGUGGUUCUCUCAUCUCCUGUGAUGCCUGAUGUUAUUGUGGAUUACAACAUGUCAGAACAGACAUUCUCAAUAGUGCACCAAGAGGAAGUAAAAUCAGCUGAUACACAUGAGCAUCUUGUCUCUGAAUGUAGUGAAGUAAAAAAUGACAAGAACUUUAUUGGGGUGGAAAGAUGGGAAGACUUCUCUUCUAAAUAUUGCUGUGAAAGAAAACACGUCAUAUCCCAUGAUGGCAUUAAGGUUCCUCUAACAAUCAUGUACUCUCGAAAUGCCUGGAAGAAAGGCGAGUCCCCUGGUCUAUUGCAUGGUUAUGGAGCUUAUGGGGAAGCUCUGGAUACAAGUUGGUGCUCUGACCGUCUGAGCUUGCUCGAUAGAGGUUGGGUGAUGGCAUUUGCUGAUGUCAGGGGUGGUGGUGAUUCUUCAUGGCAUGAAUCAGGGACUGGUUUGACCAAACCCAACUCGAUUCAUGACUUCUUGUCAUGUGCCAGCUUCCUAAUUGAUAAAGGGUAUGUACAUAAGGGCCAACUUGGUGCCACAGGUACAAGUGCUGGGGGACUUCUGGUCGGAGCAGCCAUUAAUAUGAAGACGGAUCUUUUUUGUGCUGCCAUCUUGAAGGUUCCAUUUUUGGAUGUAUGCAACUCACUGAUGGAUCCAAGCUUGUCUCUUACCAUACUGGACUAUGAGGAAUUUGGGAAUCCCCAUAUAGAGAAGCAGUUUGAGUGCAUUCGUAGCUAUUCUCCAUACGAUAACAUUCCACGAUCGGCGUGCCUGCCAUCUGUGCUCGUUACAGCAUCAUACAACGACUCGAGGGUUGGAGUUUGGGAAGCCGCCAAAUGGGUGGCGAAAGUACGAGACACAACCUGCCCCAAUUGUUCUCGUUCUGUCAUUCUGAAGGCGAACAUGAGCGGUGGACAUUUUGGCGAAGGUGGCUACUAUGCUCAGUGCGAUGAUACGGCUUAUGAAUACGCAUUCCUCAUCAAAGCUUUAGGUGUUAUGACUUAUAAAUAACUGACAGUUUUCUGAUCUCCCGACCACCCUACCUAGUCAGUUGCUGAACCCCUGGAAGCAUCGCCUUGAGCAGAAUCUCCAUUUAUUGCUGCUGAUGCAGCGCACAGAUGGAGCAAUGACUCAGCGGUGGAGCAAAUACUGGAAACAACUGUGCAAAUUCUUGUUAGUUGUUGCCGUCUGAUUCAGUUCCAUUGGAGUCUUGAUAUCGAUCACAAGGAGGCAAAACUCUUCAUACACUUUUUUGGGGGUGUACAGCUGAAGUUCAAAUUGCAUGAACUGAAACAUUAGCCAGCCGAGCAAAGGCUCUAUCUAUGGGCGUUCACCGAUGCCAUUUGGUUUAUGUCAAAUGAGUAGGAUCCUUGGUCGUUCGAUACAGAAAAGCUGAAUUGCAAGGCGCUUGUUUUUCAUGUGACCAACUAACCAUCCAUAUAGCUACUAUAGGGUUAUAGGGUCAUUGAGAUUAUUAAAUCAUGUCAUGUUUGAUCACUAGAAAAAAUUAAUAUCAAUUUUGGUCACUUGAAU